AUGCGAUCUGCUUCAGCGGAUUUCGGAAGACCCGAGAAUCCCAGAAAAAACGCAAACUUUUUGUCCGUGUUCACAUUCUGGUAUUCGCUAAAACUCUUCAUGGUGGGAAGGAAAAGAGACUUGGACGAGAGCGAUCUAACCGAGCCCCUGGAGGAGCACAAGUCUUCCUUGUUGGGGGAAAAAAUAGCAGCCAAUUGGUCGAGAGAGCUAGAUGACGCGACAAGAAAUAAAAAAAAACCGAGCCUGACGAAAGUCAUAUUGAAGACAUUCUAUUCCGACGUAGUGUUCUACGGGAUGGUCCUGUUUGUCAUGGAAAUUGGUAUUAGGCUCGUUCAGCCGAUCUUUAUUGGUCUGUUCAUCAGAUAUUUUACGUCCGAUAAUAGGAAUAAUGAAAAUUUAUCGAGAUCGCCAAGGUGGUUAAUGCGUGUCUUUUUCUACUGGUCGUCUAAUCAGUCUUCCAUCACGAAGAACGAAGCUUACUUUUACGCAGUCUGCAUAAUGGCAUGCAGCCUCUUGACUAUCGGAAUUUUCCACCCUUACGUCAUGGCUGCGCUACAUAUCGGGAUGAGGAUAAGAGUUGCUUGCUGUUCGUUGAUUUACAGGAAGACCAUGAGAAUAAAACUAACUAGUCUAGGAGGCAAAACGGCAGGUAAUGCGGUGAAUCUCAUGUCGAACGAUGUGAUGCGAUUCGACUUGACUCCCAUUUUUUUACAUUACCUUUGGCUGGCGCCUCUGCAAGGUGUUUUGAUCGCGUACUUUAUUUACUUGGAAAUUGGGGUGUCCUCGUUUUACGGGAUGCUGGCCGUGGUGGUUAUUCUGCCGAUUCAGGUGGUACUCGGUUGGCAAACGUCCGUCCUGAGAACAAAAUCGGCAAAAAGAACCGAUGACAGAGUACGGGUGAUGAACGAGAUCAUCCAGGCAAUGCAGGUGAUCAAAAUGUACGCGUGGGAAAACGCGUUCGCAGAUCUAAUUAGCGAUUUAAGGAAAAAAGAAAUUAGAUAUUUGCUCCUUACCUCCUAUAUAAGGGGACUGACGAUGUCCUUUAUAAUGUUUAUGGCAAGAAGCGGCAUAUUUUUGAGCGUACUGAGUUACGUUUUGCUCGAUAACGCGAUUUCGGCCGAGAAGGUUUUCCUGAUCAGUUCGUAUUACCAAAUCGUCAGGCAAACGUUGUCCGUUUAUUUUCCACAGGGUGUUAACGCUGUGGCGGAAACCAUGGUAGCUGUAAAACGUAUUCAGGAAUAUUUGAUGAUCAAUGAAGCGGUGGUCGGCGAUCCAGCCGUAUUCGAUCCGUUUCACGAAGUAAAAUUAACAUCCGGUUCCGCACACGAAAGUCCGCUCGAAAGACGCGCCAGACAGAGAAGUGAAGAUGUUUGCUUGGACAAUAUCAACGCGUCGCUGCGAUCCGGUGAAUUAGUAACAGUAGUUGGUCCGGUGGGGGCAGGAAAAACUUGCCUUCUUAAUCUGAUACUUGGAGAAUUAAAAUUGUUCAGUGGAAAGUUGAACGUCAAAGGGACAGUCUCUUACGCUUCUCAAGAGCCCUGGUUGUUUGCAGGUUCGGUAAGGCAAAAUAUAUUGUUCGGAAAGGUGUUUGAUCCGAUCAGGUAUAGAGAAAUUAUCGAGGUAUGCGCUCUGAAAAGAGAUUUUUCUUUGCUGCCCUAUUCUGAUCGGACGAUCGUAGGAGAGAGGGGAAUUUCUUUGAGCGGGGGGCAAAGAGCUAGGAUUAACCUAGCUAGAGCGAUAUAUCAAAGGGCGGAUAUUUAUCUGCUGGACGAUCCCCUGUCAGCAGUAGACAUACAGGUGGGCCAGCAAAUAUUCGAAGAAUGUCUGAUGAAAUACCUCGAAGAUAAAAUCGUGGUAUUGGUCACUCACCAGCUUCAGUACCUCAAAAGGGCCGACCGAAUCAUCAUCCUGAGCCGUGGCGCCAUCCAGUUUCAGGGCACCUAUAGCGAAAUUAUUGCCAGCGACAUUUCUUUCGCCAAUAUUUUGGAAGAGGCCGUUACUGCUACGGAACCGGAGAAAGAAGAGAAAGAUAUAGGCAGAGCAUUAAGGGCUUUGUCCCGCGUUAGUACUGCUUUCAACAGCAUAGUUGAUAUUGAAGGAUUUAAGGUCAUUCCGAAACUGGCCCCUGAAAUGAGAACCCUAGGCUCGGUAGGCGUCGACAAUUACAAAGAAUAUUUCCUUGCCGGUGGAUCUUGUGGCACGAUAAUGGUCAUGCUGGUUCUUUUUCUCGGCGCCCAAUUUUUGGCAAGCGGCGGCGACUACUUUUUGAGUCAAUGGGUAAAUUUAGAAGAAUUGAGGGAACGUUCCGGCGACUCAUCGGCGAUGGGAUUUUGGAACAAAUUUGACAGAAGCGUGUGUAUUCGAAUCUACGCGGGGUUCAUCGUCGCCACGAUAAUCGUCGCCAUCGUGAGAAGUAUCUAUUUCUUUACCGUUUGCAUGCGCGCGUCUUUCAGACUGCACAACCGGAUGUUCGAGAGUGUGAUACACGCCGCGAUGAGUUUUUUCAACGCAAACACUUCCGGGAGGAUUUUGAAUCGGUUCUCGAAAGAUCUCGGCACUGUCGACGAGCUGCUCCCGAACGCUUUCAUCGAUACCGCUCAGUUGUUGCUUAAUUUAGUGGGCGCCAUAGUGGUGGUGUGCAUCAUAAACGUGUGGCUUCUGAUACCGGUGGCGGUAAUGGUCGUAUGCUUCUACGGUCUCAGAAAAUUUUAUUUAAAGACGAGUCGCAGUGUGAAAAGACUCGAAGGAAUAGUGAAAAGUCCGGUUUUUGCACACCUAAAUGCCACGCUUCAGGGACUGCCGACCAUAAGAUCGAACAAAGCCGAGAAGCUGUUGGUCGAAGAGUUUGACGCCUUAGAAGAUGUCCACAGCAGCGCGUGGUAUAUGUUCCUCUAUACGUCGAGAGCUUUCAGCCUCUGGCUUGAUUGGAUAUGCGCCCUUUUCAUCGGAAUCGUGACGUUUAGCUUUUUGUUCCUCUCGAAUAAUUUUUAUGGCAGCGCCGUGGGCCUCGCCAUAAGCCAGUGCAUUGGACUGACAGGGUUAAUACAAUGGGGAAUGAGACAAUCCGCCGAACUGGAGAAUCAAAUGACUGCCGUUGAAAGAGUUCUGGAAUUUACGACGAUCGAACAUGAACCAGAUUUGUAUUCGGUGAAAGACAAAAAACCACCUGUUUCGUGGCCCAAAAAUGGACGCAUCGAAUUCAUCGACACCUCGAUGAAAUACAGUGUGUAUGAACCGCCGGUAUUGAAGAAUUUAAAUCUCGUGGUUUUACCCAAAGAGAAAGUCGGAAUAGUUGGCAGGACCGGGGCGGGAAAAUCGUCUUUGAUCGUCACCCUGUUCCGACUCGCCUAUUACGAAGGGGAAGUUCUUAUCGACCAUUUGGAUAUAAGCGUUUUGGGAUUGCACGAUUUGAGGAAAAAAAUUUCUAUAAUACCCCAGGAACCCAUUUUAUUUUCCGGAACUCUGAGAUACAAUCUGGAUCCUUUCAACGAAUAUAACGACGAAGAAAUGGUAAAUGCUCUUGUAGCGGUAGAAGACAAAAACGCCUUAAGUAAAGGUGCAGAUAAGAUAAUGUCCGAGGGUGGCGGAAACAUAAGCGUCGGGCAGCGGCAAAUGAUUUGCCUCGCCCGCGCUAUUUUGAGGAACAACAAAAUUCUGGUCAUGGACGAAGCCACAGCCAACGUAGACGCGCAAACCGAUAAACUCAUCCAAAAAACGAUAAGGACCAAAUUUGCCCACUGUACCGUCCUCACGAUAGCUCACAGGCUGCACACGGUUAUGGAUUCCGAUAAGAUCUUAGUGAUGGACGCUGGCAUCGCGGUAGAAUUCGACCAUCCGCACGUUCUGUUGCAGAACCCCAAUGGAUACCUGUCCCGGUUGGUCAGAAAGACCGGUCCUGGACUAUCUUCUAAUUUACGGCGAAUCGCCAAGGAGAAUUUUGACCUUAAAUUGUCGUUGGAUCGAGAAGCUGACAAUUCCGAAUACAACGGAACUGUUACCGCUACGGAGAUGUUAUCUAAAAUUUCAGACAUGUCGUACGUAAGCGGUCCGGAAUAGAAACAAUCUCGGUUAAAGAUGGAAAAUAAAGGACGCGUUAUGUAUUACAACUUU